CGGUGACCUUGACCCUGAACUCGACCUUGCCCCCCACCCCGCCGCUACCCGCGAUGCUGCAGCCCCUCACCCCACUUUUGGGGGACAGGCUUCUGCGGGCUCCCCCUCUCCGUUGCUAUCGGGAGGAGUCGGACAGCCGGUACCGGCGGGAUUGGCUGCGGUUCCGUGACGCGGAGGGGUGGAACGGCAUUACCACCGGGAUGAGCGCGGCCGAGGGCCGGCCCCGGUGCCGGUGGGGCGGCGGGGGCGGCGGCGAGGCGGUGCUCCGUGCCCGUGCUGAGGCCGCCGGUUACCGGAGGCUGCUGCGAGCCCGAGCCGCCGAGGUGGAGGCGUUGCGGGGGGCGGUGGGCGCGUUACACCGGCAGCUGGAGGGGCUGCGGGACCGGCGGAGCGGGGAGCUGGCCAAGUACCAGGAGCGGGUGGCGGAGCUGGAGCGGGAGAUCGGGGCGGCGGAGGCGGAGAUGGCCCGGUGCCUGCGGGAGUACCCGGCACUGCUGCGGCUGCGGAUGGCGCUGGAGGCGGAGAUCGCCGCGUACCGGUACGCGAGGGGGGCGCGGGGGGCACGGGGGGCCAGGGGCUUAGCCCGGCCCUUCUUUUCCAGGGAGAUGCUGGAGAGCGAGGAGCUCCGCCUGGGCGGCUUGGCCCCGCCGUGAGCGGACCCCCGGAGCCCCGCUCCCACCACCGGAGCCCGGCCCUGCCGUUACCACCGGACCCACGGUCCCGGGACCGGAUCCUCAGCCCCACCACUGGACCCCGGUUCCUCCGCCGGACCCCAGACCCCCGAGUCCCGCACGCCGGGCUA